GAGCCGUUCGGACUCUCCAGAUAGAACAACCUGCCUUGAACAUUGUCCUCCAUAGGUCCAUCUUAGCCCUGGGACAAUUAUUUCCCAUCAUUUAAUAUUUUCCUAGCCUCAGGCCGCAGAUGGCGAGAUCGAGAACCCGGGUUUAAACAAUUGUCUCUCCCUCAUCCCUCCCGAGUCAUCCUCGUAUGUGGCCCGUCUGCUCUUAAGUUAUUUCAACCAUCAUCCAGCCCUUGGUCUUUUCUCCCUCCUACAUAUCCAACAUCCAACAUCCAACACCCCUCGGUCAUACCUACACGUUCGAACCCGAAUACGUCCUCCAGUCUUUGACAAUGAGCGAGCAAGAGCAACCAAUGGUCUCCCACGGCCGUGGAGGCCAGGGCAACAUCGGCCAUGAUUCCACACAAUACGUCGAUGGCGAGAUCGUCCGCGAGGGCGUUUACGGUGAUCAAGGUGACGGCGCAUACUCAGCCGGCCGUGGCGGCGUCGGUAACAUCGGAUCCCCCCGCGUCCGCCCAACUUCCAAAGUCCCCCACGACUCGGAGAUGAUUCCCGAGCUGGCGGUGCGCAACUCUUCGGAUGAAACCUAUCAUGUCGGCCGCGGUGGCCAGGGUAACGUCCACCUCGACGAUGCCGCCCGCAAGGAGAAAGAAGAGAAGAAGAAGAAUCCCGCUCACGAGGGGUUGGCGGAUAAAUUGAAGCAUAAGCUGAUGGGGCGGAAGUAAGGGGGUCUUAUUUUUCUGACUCUUUGUGGGAGAAGCUAGAUAUUUGUUGGUCCCCAUAUCAGAAGGAGAUCGCUGUGGAUUGGAUUUCAGGAUUGUGGUGGAGGAAUUUGUUGAUCUUUUGAUUCCCAUUGUUGUUUUGAUUUUGUUGAGAAUUUUCUUUUAGAGGGAGGUGGGUAGUUUAUUCGGGUUAAUGAGAGAGAGAGAGAGAGAGUUUGGUUAUAAUGAUAUCUUGACGUUGACUUGAA